CCAACAAAGGCACAAAUUCAACUCAUUUUGUUCUCUCUUUCAGUUCCUCCAUGAUGCACCCCAUUCUGUUGCUUGGACUUCUGAUAGUAGCAUACCAUAGUGGUUCUCAAGCUGAAAAUGCAUUCUCACAAUACUGGGAAGAUCAUAUUGAUCUUCCACAGCCUCCAUAUUGGUUAGCUGCAAAAGCUUCUCCAUUAAGCUCGCAUCAGGUAGCAGUGUUUAUGAAACUUAUGGAAGAAAAUGAAUUGCCCUCCCACCAGCAUUCAUUCUGUAAGCAGGCUAAUGUUGCUUGUUCUACAAAUGCACUGAUGAAGAAGACAACUAAUGACACAACACUACCACCAAUAGCCCAGUGGAAUGCUGCAAAAGUGGAAUAUGAAAACAUACCAAAAGAAAUACCUCUAUCAGUUGCCAACCAAGGGGGAUUGCCAUAUUUCCGAGAAUCAAUGGUGAGAGAGGGAGGUUUCAUGCCUGUCCCUGAUCUAAGGGACCCAAUUGCAUAUAAAUCAUUCUUGCCGCGACCUCUAGCAUUAAAAAUUCCAUUUUCAUUUUCACGGAUCGAGAAAGUAAAGAAGAUUUUUGGUGUGGUGGAUGAGUAAAAAAUGGAUGAAUAUAUUCGAGA